CGCAUUUUGCAACACUGUUGAUCUGUUGCCCAUCACUACUUUUGAUUUUGUUUUGCUCACACAUUCUAUUGGGGAACAACGUGCCUGUAGAUUUUUUUUUUUCGAAUAAUUGAAUAAUAAAGAUCAAAAAACAUAAAAUGCCUUCGAAAGUGAAGCCAAGACUUUCGCGCGGCGUGUUGGACAUGAAGUUCAUGCAACGCACCAAAGCGAAAGUGGCUAAGGAAGACGAUGACGAGCAGAGCCGCGCACUGUACUCCAAUGAACUGAACCAAAAGAUGCUCAAUAGCAAUUCAAAUUUUAUAAUCGAGCCAAGCUAUAGCAUAUGCGCCGGACUCAUCGAUGGUCGACUAAGUUUUCGUGGCAUGAAUCCGGAAUUGGAGCGUUUAAUGGAGCUGGAGCUGGCCGAAAAGCAGGGCAGAACGAGACCCGACCAGCCCAAAGAAGUUACCGACCAGGAGAUGGCCGAAGCUUACUAUGCGAAUCAAGCGCCGGCCGCAAGCAAAACGAUGAACAAAAAAUUCGCCACAAAAAACGAGUUUAACAAGCGCAAAUCCAAUGGCAAUCCAAAAUCGCAAAAAAAGCCGGAAUUCAAAAAGCCGCGCCAGGACGACGACGACGAUGAUGAUUCAUAAACUAUCA